CCUGUUCCUCUAUGUUGUAAACCAGUAUCCAAGACAAGCGUGACUUGGCUGGCAUUAGAAAAGGAACCAUGCCCUCCCCUGGAUAGCCUCUAGCAUUCUGGCCUUGGAAUAGCUAAAUCACUCAUUCACUAAUUGAUUCAACAAAUACCGUUGAGAGCCAUGUGUGUGCUAGGCACUGUGCAGUACAGAGGAUAUAGAGGCAAAAGAGAUCUGUGCUUUCAUGGAGCUGACCUUCUAGUGGGGAAGAGAUAAGUGAAGAAGACGUGUAAGGAGCCAUGAGGGUGGGGAAGCAAACUGAGAUCUAGUGGCAGGGAGAUGACCUCAAUCUUGCGGAGCCCGCAGGCUCUCCAACUCACUCUGGCCCUAAUCAAGCCUGAUGCAGUUGCUCACCCUCUGAUUCUGGAGGCUGUUCAUCAGCAGAUUCUGAGCAACAAGUUCCUUAUUGUGCGAAUGAGAGAACUUCUGUGGAGAAAGGAAGACUGCCAGAAAUUUUACCGAGAGCAUGAAGGGCGUUUUUUCUAUCAGCGGCUGGUGGAGUUCAUGGCCAGUGGGCCAAUCCGAGCCUACAUCCUCGCCCACAAGGAUGCCAUCCAGCUCUGGAGGACCGUGAUGGGCCCCACCAGAGUGUUUCGAGCACGCCACGUGGCCCCAGAUUCAAUUCGUGGGAGUUUUGGCCUCACCGACACCCGUAAUACAACCCACGGCUCAGACUCUGUGGUUUCAGCCAGUAGAGAGAUUGCAGCCUUCUUCCCGGAUUUCAGCGAACAGCGCUGGUACGAGGAAGAGGAGCCCCAGUUGCGCUGUGGCCCUGUGCACUACAGUCCCGAGGGUGGCGUCCACUUUGCUGCUCCCACAGGAGGCCUGGGGCCAGCCUGACACAGGCCUGUCAGUUUGUGAAGACUAGUGGCGUUGCCCAACCUUCUCUCACAGACCUCUGGUCCCAGAGCAUUCUUCUAGGACCAGGGAGGCCUGGGGCUCCUUGUGCCAUCUCUGCUGGGCACCACCACCUGCGAGAGGGCCUAAGCUCCUCACUGCCACCUCUUCUAGAAUCUCACUAUCUACCUCUUCUCUGGAAUGCUCAUGGGUGGUUCAGAGGAAUGAUGGCUCCUCUCUUUUCUGAGAACUGUUUAUCAUUUUCAAGGAGAAGCUUGCCGAGCUGACUUGCCUGAAAAAUGCAGUGACUCUGUAUUAGCCACGUUUGGUCUGUUUUCCUUAAUAAAAGUCAGUAUGCUACUGAAAAAGGCUGGGAACACUA